AUGGAGCCUGCCACAGAAUUCCCCCUGUUCGGGCAGUGCGUCAUGGAAAUCCCGACCGCCGAAGAACGCAAGGCCGCCGACAAAUAUCUCCUAUUGUUGGAAGCCUUCCAAACUUCACUCGAGACCCGGACACCAACUGAGUGGGACUUUGCCCCCGACUUUGCCGAGAUGGCUCAGCGAGAUCUCGCGGCCUGGGAGCAGCUAGGCGUCCAACGCUUGCCUCAGUUUGUUCAGCCAAGUGGCGAUAUCAAGUCCCCUCUCGCCCUACACCUUCUCAAUCCCACCUUUCAUGUCGCAGAUGCGCAAAGCAUCGUCACCGAUGACCCUACCAACGCGACGAUUAACGAUUCGGAGUCAAUCCUCAAGCGGUUUGUUAUCCAUGCCUACCAUCCGUCGUUCUUUUUUCGGUCUAGUCGGCUGAAGAAAUCCGGUCCGUCUUUUGAUGACGCUUACAGAAAGCCUCAGCAGCUCAUGAUAUCCAUGGCGGUCCAACUUGCUGGGCUGAGCCAGCGGAUCAACAUCAAGCCUCACCUUCUUGGCGAUCGCCAUCGUUCGAAAGCUGAUAUUCAACUGACCACGGACCAAGAUUUGGCAAAGAAAGAGAACCUCCUGGCAGCACUCAAUGCAUUCAAGGUAGCAUUCCCAGCGAAGUUCAAGCGAUGGGAGCUCAAGGCAUCUUGCAACCAGAGUGCAAAAAAUGCGCUCCUUGAUCUGGAACGCAGUCUCUCUGAACCACCAGUUCCCAUGCAGACACAUCGUACCGGGCCAUUAUCAGUCGAGGAACAGACACUCCGCAUCAAUGCAAGGGAGGAAAGCUUACACGCUCUCGCUGAGUCAUUUCAAUCUUUGAAAGAAGAUAUAUUAUCUCCUUUCGAUCCCGAAAUCAUCAUGGAAGACAGCCAACAUAGCGAUGACUAUGUAAGCUCUGAUGCCUUCGAUUUUGAUAGCAUACCAGCUGCACUCCGGACAUGGCUUGCGCUUCAAGACGGCCUCAAGAUUCAAGGUCAGCCAUUGAACAGCCGUGAGUCACUCGAGUUGGUAUUUUCCCUUCUUCACAGAAGCCCCGAUCCUCACAUCAAACAAAUUCCUGCUGGGUUUCUUGCUUCAUCGGUCGCAAUAUCUUACGUUCGAAAGAUGAUGCAGCCUCAAUCACAAAGCAAGAAAGAUAAAUUUAUUCCAGCGGAACCUGGGCAAGUGCAUGCGGACGUGAAAAGCCCUAUGAAACUCCAAGGUGGACAAUCCACUCACCCCCCUCGGUUCCUGAUACCUCGAAUUAGGUGUCAGUGCGAUGGUAAAGACCACUACUUUGAGCCUGUGGACAAGACGAUCAAGACCAUCUCGUAUCGUGAACUUGAGAAAAUAUGGAAUGGGUUUGCAAAGGUGGGCUGCAACUUAGCCGACUACCCGAAGAUAGCCGACUACAUCUUUGAGACCAAAUCGACAGUAAGCUACAAAGUACGUCACAAGCUCUUGAUCAAGGAGAAAAAGGCUCGUGCUGAACCUGGAAAAACGAUCUGA